AUGCAGAUGUUCCUGUUGAUUUUAUUAUCAUGCUGCUCGAUAGUUCCGAUCCUAUCUGAAAAGACGUUGAAUCAGAAUGAACUGAAGGAACGAGCAUCGGCACAAUUACAACGAUUAGCACCUUAUCGAAGAUCGAUCGAUCGAACUGGGCCGGAUCCUCCUUCGAGUUCGGAGAUGCCGAUUAUCGAACAAAAGGAAUCUUUGGGGAAGUCGAAGGAACAGGAAGAACAAAGAAUAGCUAUGCAAAUUCUCGAGAUGAUCGAGAAAUCAGAUGAAUUUAAAAAAGCUAUGGGAAGUAUGAAGAAAAUCGACGAUAAUAAAUUGACGAUCGAUUUUGAAACGGAUCCACGGUACACCGAGUUAUUGCAAGAACAGGAUAGAAUUAAGCGAUCGGGUUCAGGUGGUUUUGUUACCGGAUCCAGUAGCAUCAUUUCGGGUAUAGCAAGUGGAAUAAUUGGUGGGCUUACUAGUGCAUCGGGAGCAGCUUCGAGAGGUUCUUCGGGAAGCAGUGGUCAACCUACUCAUGUUGUUUACGGGCCACCUGUUCAACCGUAUGGCGAGAAAACGUUCGACGUAUGGGAUUUCAAAAAAGCUAUUUUGAAUACCGUGAUACAAGCAUUAAAAGCCAUAAGUGGUGGAGUUCUCGCAUUAAAAGGCCAACUUAUCAAAGGUGGUGGUUUCUUGGUAUCUACUAAAGGAAAAAUUAUCAGUACAACCGGUGACGCCAUAAGUUCGCUCGGUCGUCAUAUUGCGGCAAGUGCUGUUGUACAACCUCCGAAAGUACAAUAUGGUCCACCGAGUUAUGGUUACGAUCAUCGACCGAUUGAACACGACAGCACCUACGACGGACCCCCACCCCAAGUAGAGGAUUAUUCUGGACCAGCUAAUCAUUUCGACGGACAUUAUCCAUCGGCAUCGGACGGUAGGUCACUUAACUCUCAAUUGCGAAAAUCAACAGCUACAAAAAAACAACUGUUUCCCAAUACUUUCCAAUAUACGCGGAAGAAGAUUGGAACAUCAUCUCAUCGUGAUGGAAAUCGUUUGUCUUCUGCAAAAUUUAGCGGUUUAACUUUCAAUAGCACGUCACGGUUUACAGACGAUGAUCGCUCAGGACCUCUGCUCGUGAAACCGACGAAGACGGAACAAAACGAUCAGAAUGACAAGGAUCAUCAACUAGAGCUGGAUUUACGGCAUCCUAAUCUCCAAGAUCUAGAGAAUAGUUUCGGCGGGCCUCAAAUGGGAUCUAACGAUCAGGAGCUACAAAAAAAUCCUGGAUAUUCCUCGAACGAUAACCAAAAGAAUUUAGGUUCGUCAGCCAUGUAUCCAGGGCAACCUCAAGAAACGUUUAACUCGGAACAAGUGAUUUAUACCAAAGAUCAGAUUUACCAGUUGGACGGAAAAAACUUACCACAAAUUUAUCCAAACUCGUUGGAAGCUCAGAAAAUAGAACCAAGUUUUUCAUCUAACUUGGCAACACAACAAUUGUCCAUUCAACAAAGUCUAGAAUAUCCAGCGAUUCAUCUUCAAUAUUCCUUCCCGGAAAAGGAUUUAUCUAUGCCAACUUAUAACGAUCUCUCUUCGUUGCAUACAAAUUUACCUUUGGCAACGCCGCAAUUUGAUACCUUAAAAAUAUCAAUGUUGGAACAUCAGAAAGGAUUAGAAUUACCAAAAAUACAAGCACAAGAUUUUAACGCUUUGCCAACGUUUUCGAGCGUUCACAUUGAUAUCGCUGCUCAAGAACCUAUAACUUUACCAUUGUUAAAUCCUAUUAACGCUCAUUACUGGCCAAGACGUAGCGCGUUACAACCUGCCAUUCAUUUUCCCAAUAGGAAUAUCAUUUGGAAGAGGAGUAGCAUACAAAGGAAGAGGUUAGCAGCGAGAUCGCCACCGAGUUUUCACGAUAGGAGACCAUUUCGAGUGUAG